AUGCUAAUAAAAAUCUCAAGAAGACUAUUUUCAGCCUCAAAGCUCAAUACUGAAAUCAAUGAAUUUUUCAAGGAUUUUGACAAAGUAAAAAACCAAUACACCCCAAAGCCAAAAAUCGCAGCUCCUCCAUCUGAAUGAAAUGAAAAUCUAAAAGAAGAUUGGGAUGAAUAUUUAGAAAGCUGGCAUGAGGAAAAUCCCUUUAAGCCUAAACCACUCAGAUAUGAAAUUGAUGGUCAAGAUCCUCACUAUGAGUACCCAGUUCCAAAAGAACGAGAUUUUCCUCCAAUCCCAGACGCCCCUAGCUUAAAGCAUAAAAUUUUGCUUCCUCAAUUAUUUUACCUCCAAAAUCCUGAAACUAUAGCUAUAGAGCUGAUUGGAAAAGUAAUCGAGCAUCAGUCAAAUGCUGGCACUAUCUCUGGAAUAAUUACAUGCACUCAGGUAUCCAAAACCUAUCAACCUGAAGUAGAAAAACUAGGAAUUCUUGGGAUGACCCGCAAUAAAAAGAUCUUAUAUAUAUUUGCAGAAGACGAUGAAGGUGAAGAAUUCUGUAUUUAUGUAUUAUAUAUUAUAUUUAAUAGAGAUUUAUAUAAUAAAGAAUAUUAUGAGGGAAAAUCUUAUAAUAAAGGUAUAUCCUUCAGUCAAAUUAAUAGAUGAUAAUUUUGGGGAAAAUGAAAGUGUUACAGGUGCUUUAAAAAUAAAGUCAUAUCAUUAUAAAAAGACAUCAAUUUUAUAUGAUGCAAAUUCUCCAAUCAGAAUAUAUGAUGAAGGAUAUAAACCUGCUGAAGUGAAAAAUGAAUAUUAUGCAGCUACAUUCAUUUAUAAAUUUUACUGUGAUGAAUUUUUUAAAAAAUAA